CAAGCACCACAAACGCCGACCGUCCUCUCCAGGCCUUUUCCGUCUAUAAACCUGCCAUUUGCUGUCUCCCAAGUCAUCCCAGUUUAGAACUGCUCCAGGAAAUAAUGAAUGAACAGAGAGAGCCUAGUUUGUUUAUUUACAAUCCACCAGUCUAAUCUAGUUUAGAUCCAGCGGCAGUCUCGGGGUGCCAAGGAGAUGGCAGUGCGGGGACAGGGCAGAGCCUGGGCCAAAGGAAGCCACACCCAGUUCUUGCCAUGCCCUGCCCGACAUAGGCAACGUGACACCAAGCGACAGCCAGCUGAUCCUUGCUUCCCCGAGCCCGGCGGCCAGCGGCCGGAAGUAGCCUGCCCGGGGGCGGGGAAAGGAGCCUUAAGGAGGAGCUAGGGGCGUGUGGCCAAUUGCAAGCGACUGUCCCAGCGAAGAGGGCGGAAGAGGAGAGAUCCAGUUCCGGACGCGGCCGCCGCCGUCGCCGCCAUCUGUCACCUCCAGCUCCGGCAUCAGCAACCAGUUGUCCCUGCCCCGCCUAUCUCCUCGGCGGAGCCUGCUUCCCAUCUUGCCACCUCUCUGUUCUGUUCUUGUCUCUGCCUUCAUCCCCGAAUGGAUCUGGUAGGAGUGGCAUCGCCUGAGCCCGGGCCGGCUGCGGCCUGGGGACCCAGCAAGUGUCCAUGGGCUAUCCCUCAGAAUACAAUAUCUUGUUCGUUGGCUGAUGUAAUGAGUGAACAGCUGGCCAAAGAAUUGCAGUUAGAAGAAGAAGCUGCCGUUUUUCCUGAAGUUGCUGUUGCUGAAGGACCAUUUAUUACUGGAGAAAACAUUGAUACGUCCAGUGACCUUAUGCUGGCUCAGAUGCUACAGAUGGAAUAUGACAGAGAAUAUGAUGCACAGCUUAGGCGUGAAGAAAAAAAAUUCAAUGGAGAUAGCAAAGUUUCCAUUUCCUUUGAAAAUUAUCGAAAAGUGCAUCCUUAUGAAGACAGCGAUAGCUCUGAAGAUGAAGUUGACUGGCAGGAUACUCGUGAUGAUCCCUACAGACCAGCAAAACCGGUUCCCACUCCUAAAAAGGGCUUUAUUGGAAAAGGAAAAGAUAUCACCACCAAACAUGAUGAAGUAGUAUGUGGGAGAAAGAACACAGCAAGAAUGGAAAAUUUUGCACCUGAGUUUCAGGUGGGAGAUGGAAUUGGAAUGGAUUUAAAACUAUCAAACCAUGUUUUCAAUGCUUUAAAACAACAUGCCUACUCAGAAGAACGUCGAAGUGCCCGCCUGCAUGAGAAGAAGGAGCAUUCUACAGCAGAAAAAGCAGUUGAUCCUAAGACACGUUUACUUAUGUAUAAAAUGGUCAACUCUGGAAUGUUGGAGACAAUCACUGGCUGUAUUAGUACAGGAAAGGAAUCCGUUGUCUUUCAUGCAUAUGGAGGGAGCAUGGAGGAUGAAAAGGAAGAUAGUAAAGUUAUACCUACAGAAUGUGCCAUCAAGGUAUUUAAAACAACCCUUAAUGAGUUUAAGAAUCGUGACAAAUAUAUUAAAGAUGAUUUCAGGUUUAAAGAUCGCUUCAGUAAACUAAAUCCACGUAAGAUCAUCCGCAUGUGGGCAGAAAAAGAAAUGCACAAUCUUGCAAGAAUGCAGACAGCUGGAAUUCCUUGUCCAACAGUUGUACUACUGAAGAAACACAUUUUAGUUAUGUCUUUUAUUGGCCAUGAUCAAGUUCCAGCCCCUAAAUUAAAAGAAGUAAAGCUCAAUAGUGAAGAAAUGAAAGAAGCCUACUAUCAAACUCUUCAUUUGAUGCGGCAGUUAUAUCAUGAAUGUAGGCUUGUCCAUGCUGACCUCAGUGAGUAUAACAUGCUGUGGCAUGCUGGAAAGGUCUGGUUGAUCGAUGUCAGUCAGUCAGUAGAACCUACCCAUCCUCAUGGCCUGGAGUUCUUGUUCCGGGACUGCAGGAAUGUCUCGCAGUUUUUCCAGAAAGGAGGAGUCAAGGAAGCCCUUAGUGAGCGAGAACUCUUCAAUGCUGUUUCAGGCUUAAACAUCUCAGCAGAUAAUGAAGCUGAUUUUUUAGCUGAGAUAGAAGCUUUGGAGAAAAUGAAUGAAGAUCACAUUCAGAAGAAUGGAAGGAAAGCUGCUGCUUUUUUGAAAGAUGAUGGAGACCCACCAGUGCUAUAUGAUGAAUAGCACUGAUACCCACUGCUUCAGUGUUAACACAGCAGUGAGUGUCAGCUGCCAAUAGCAAAUGAAGUUGUGGGUGACUCGAAAUACCAGAACACGGGGAGUGGGCAAUGGUGCUUCUCUGCUUCCCCCCUUGUAACCCAUGUGCCAGAUGUGUGGAAUCUUUAGCUCAGCAUUGAGAGAAUAAAAUGUCACUACCUCUCAUCUUAUGAA